UGGCCAUGACGCGUCCCAGCGCUGGCCAAUCGCGUACCCGCUGCCGCGGCGUCCUCUCGCUGAGGAGAGAAACAUGGCGGACCGGCUCACGCAGCUGCAGGACGCCGUCAACUCGCUUGCAGAUCAGUUUUGUAAUGCCAUUGGAGUGUUGCAGCAGUGUGGUCCUCCGGCCUCUUUCAGUAACAUUCAGACGGCGAUUAAUAAAGAUCAGCCAGCGAAUCCUACAGAAGAAUAUGCCCAGCUUUUUGCUGCACUGAUUGCACGAACAGCAAAAGACAUUGAUGUUUUGAUAGAUUCCUUGCCAAGUGAAGAAUCUACAGCUGCUUUACAGGCUGCAAGCUUGUAUAAGCUAGAAGAAGAAAACCACGAGGCGGCUACAUGUCUGGAGGAUGUUGUUUAUCGAGGGGACAUGCUUCUAGAAAAGAUACAAAGUGCACUUGCUGACAUUGCGCAGUCACAGCUGAAGACAAGAAGUGGUACCCACAGCCAGUCUCUUCCAGACUCAUAGUGCCCAUGUAUGCCAUGUGGCUGCGAAAGAACUGUUUCAGUGCCAUUAAGAAUUCUGUAUCAGAUUUAGAUGUAAUCCUUACCAACAGUUACAAAAACAUUAAGCACUAUACCAUGUUAUCUUUUUCGCUAUUUUUAAUAGUCUUCUAUUUUCACUCUUGAUAAAUUAGCUUGUAAAAUUGUGAUUGAAUCAGCUUUAAACCAUCAUAUCAUUUUUUACUUUCUAAGUGAAAUUUAGGCAGCUAUUGCAUUGAUGAUUAUAAUUUAAUUAAACAGCUGUCCUAUGAAAUUCUGUUGUGACA